AAAAGAGAUUGACUUCUGCCUUCUGCAUGGGAGGAGAGAAGAGAAAAAGCCAUUGAAAAACCAGAGGGAAGGAGGAAAAAAUAGGGAAAAAGGGUUUUUAGAGUUAGGGUUUUUAGAGUUAGGGUUUUUGAUUAAAUCAAGGGUUCUUAUAAAAAAAAAGAAAAAGAAAAGAUUUGACAAUUCAUAUCCUAUUAGAAAUCCCAACAAGAUAGAGAGAGAAAGAGAAAGGAUCUUUGAUUGCCUGUACCUAUCGUUUCCGUGGACUGUGCUUAGCCUACUGUCAAAAUUUUAAAAAGACUUUUGCACAAUCUGGGCGGUAUUUGUGAGUCAAACUUGUGAACUAAGAAACAGAGAGAGGAGAAAUCGACGCAUAAACUUGCGAAUCUGAUAGGGACGGUUUACAGUACUCGAGAGAUAAAACAGGGGGGAAGAGAGAGGGGAGAGGAAAGAAGAGAUCCUGAGGGAGAAGGGUUCGGUUUUUUUCUUUCUAUUUUGAUGAGUUUUGAAGGUUUGAUUAGGGGUAGUAGUGACGGUGGGAGAAUGGGAACUAGGGUUGUGGCUAAUGUUGUUUCACACAGCAACAUUCCGAGUGGGGUUGCCGUUGCUCCGCCUCCCCAUCUGAGCCCUGUCCAUACACCUAUCUCCAAAUCUGUGAAAAGAUCCCCCGCUCUAUCCCUCUCCUUUAGGAGAAUGGAUGGUCUUGGUCAUGGUGAGAUGGGUCUACUUGUGGAAAAUUUUGAUCCUAAUGUGGUUGGGAGGAUGAGGGAAAAUGGGUAUGAGAGCAGGUCUGGAAGUGACAACCUUGAUGUUGCCUCAGGUGAUGAUCAGGAUGCCGGAGAUGAUGAACCACCGAGGAAGAAGAAGUACCAUAGACAUACUCCUAAUCAGAUACAAGAGCUUGAAGCUUUCUUCAAGGAAUGCCCUCAUCCUGAUGAGAAACAAAGACAAGAACUAAGCAGGAGGCUUGGCUUGGAGAGCAAGCAAAUAAAGUUUUGGUUCCAGAACAGGAGAACGCAAAUGAAGACACAACUGGAACGCCAUGAGAAUGUAAUUCUUAGACAAGAAAAUGAAAAACUGCGAAUGGAGAAUGAAAUGUUGAAGCAGACCCUUGGUGUUCCAAUAUGCACCAAUUGUGGUGGUCCAGCAGUGGCCGGUGAAAUAUGUUACGAGCAGCACCAACUUAGGAUUGAAAAUGCUCGGUUGAAAGAUGAAUUGGGCCGCAUUUGUGCAUUAGCAAACAAAUUCUUGGGUAGGCCUCUUUCAUCCUCAGCCAGUCCAAGCAUGCUGCAAGGUUUAAAUUCUAAUUUGGAGCUGGCAGUGGGUAGAAAUGGUUUUGCUGGUGUGAGCAAUUCUGGCAUCAACACAUUGCCGGCGGGACUCGAUUUAGGUGAUGGAGCUAUGAUGCCUUUGCUGAAACCGACAAUGGGCCUGGAAGGGCCACUUGAUAGAUCGACGUUCUUAGAUGUUGCUGUGGCGGCUAUGGAUGAAUUAAUUAAAAUGGCACAGGUGGAUAGUCCCCUUUGGAUAAAAAGCUUGGAUGGAGGGAAGGAAACAUUGAAUCAUGAAGAGUACAUUAGGACAUGUUCUUCUUGUAUUGGCAUGAAACCAAGUGCCAGUGGCUAUGUUACUGAGGCUUCACGAGAGACUCUUAUGGUAAUCAUCAGCAGCGUGUCUCUCGUGGAUGUGCUGAUGGAUGCGGAGAGGUGGGCUGACAUGUUUCCCAGUAUGAUUGGAAGAGCAGAGACCAUUGAUGUAUUAUCCAGUGGUGUAGGUGGUACCAGGAACAAUGCACUACAAGUGAUGCAUGCUGAAUUUCAAGUGCUUUCACCUUUGGUUCCUGUCCGUCAAGUUAGAUUCCUUCGCUACUGCAAGCAACAUGCUGAGGGUUUGUGGGCUGUUGUUGAUGUUUCAAUUGAUGGCAGCUCAGAUGUUUCAAGUUCGCAUUUGUUUUCAAGCUGCAGGAGGUUUCCUUCUGGCUUUGUUGUCCAAGAUUUGGCUGAUGGUUACUCCAAGGUUACCUGGGUGGAACACUCAGAGUAUGAUGAGAGCAUUGUCCACCAUCUCUUCAAGCCAUUAGUCAGGUCUGGUUUAGGUUUUGGUGCACAGAGGUGGGUAGCUGCCUUACAAAGACAAUGUGAGUGCUUGGCAGUGCUCAUGUCUUCCACUAUGCCUAGCGAAGACCAUACAGGAAUAACUCCAAGUGGUAGGAAGAGCAUGUUGAAGUUGGCACGUCGCAUGAUGUAUAACUUCUGUGCUGGAAUCUGUGGUUCAAGUAUACGAAAGUGGGACAAGCUCCAGCUUGGUAAUGUUGGUGAUGAUGUCAUUGUGUUGACCAGGAAGAAUAUCAAUGACCCUGGUGAGCCUCCUGGUAUCGUGUUAAGUGCUGCAACUUCUCUUUGGAUGCCGGUAUCACAGCAUAGGCUAUUUGAAUUCUUGCAAAAUGAACAAAUGAGGUGUCAGUGGGACAUAUUGUCCAAUGGUGUGCCAAUGCAAGAGAUGGUUCGAUUUGCCAAAGGCCAAGAACAAGGAAACUAUGUCUCUCUCCUCCGUGGCAGUGCCAUUAAUACAACCGCAAACAGCAUGCUAAUCCUACAGGAGACAUGGAAUGACGUUGCUGGUUCACUGGUGGUAUAUGCACCGGUUGACAUACCUGCAAUAGGUGUUGUUAUGAACGGUGGUGAUCCAGGCUAUGUGGCUCUUCUGCCAUCAGGGUUUGCUAUCCUUCCUUGUGUCUCGGCUGGUCAGACAGUGGGAGAAAGCUCUGAUGGGCCUUUAGUUAAACCUCAUGUGGAGGGCUAUGAGGGUGGAUGUCUACUCACAGUUGGCUUCCAGAUUUUGCUGAGUAGUAUUCCUACAGCGAAGCUAACGGUGGAGUCGGUUGAGACUGUUAGCAAUCUCAUCUCCUGUACAAUUCAUAAAAUCAAAACAUCUCUUCCAGCAACAUGAUCGGAGAAGCUUGGUAACCCUGCUGCUUAGUGGAAUCUACCGUUUUCCUUUCGUUUUUCUGAGUUCCUUUUUUUGAAAAGAAAGACAACAGGUGGAAAGUAUAGGAGACAAUGUGUUAUAUAUAUAUAUAUAUAGAGAGAGAGAGAGAGAGAUGAAAGGGAGGUGGAAUAUGGGAUGAUAAGGGGUUGCGAGUCAAGAACGAACCACCUGGGAAGAAUUUUUUUUGUUGUUCUGUGGAUCUGAAUUGUCUAAGGUCCAUGUUUCAAACUUGGCAUCAAUCAAGGGUUGUUGUGGUUCAGGUAUUGACUCAGUCUACCCGUGAACUGCUGAGCUCCCCGUUCAUUUUGUUAAAUAGAUGUUUGCAUGGAGAAACAACAUGGAUAUUUAAUAAUCUUUUUUUUUUUCU